UUUGGCGCGUCAUUCUUUCUACGCCUCCUGACGCGAUGACGUCAUGACGUCACGAAGGCUCCACGGUUUAAAAAUUAGCAGUGCUGUAAGGCUACCAGAAUGAACUGGGAUAAUCAGUUGAGUCACAUUAUCUCAGCAGCUGAUGGCAGUGUUGCAAAAAUACGUGAACGCCUUGCUUUUCCUGGAAGGCUUUCCAGAGAAAGAGAAGAUGUGUAUCCAGUGAGAGAUCUGAGUCAUGCUACGGGUUUGGACCCUCCUGUACGUCUUAGCGGUGCUGUUCAGUGGACAGAUCUGGCAGCUGUACAGGACCAGCUUCAUAACCAGCGCCAGACAAUUGAGGCCUUAACGCAGAACCUGCGGUCAGUGGAGAGAGAAAGAGAUGCUCAACAAAGACAAAUACAGACGCUGCAAGAGGAGGUGAGGAGGCUUCGGGAGAGACUGGAGGACCGGGAGAAGGAGAGAGAACGGAAGCAGGACAUGGACGGAGAGAAGGUCCCCGCGGUGGAGAUGCGGCUGGAGCAAUGGAAAAGGGAAGUGGGACGGGAGCUGAGCGCCCUUAGAGGGCACAUCGACAGGGCCACGUCUCUAGGCAACAGGGAGGAAAGUUUCAGCUCUAAACUGUGCAGGGAGGAGGUGGAACAGCUCAGGAGAGAGGUAGACCUGCUCAAAAGCAAGCUGAUGAGGCAUGAGGAGGAUAUGUACCAACAGCAGUCUGAAGCAAGGGAAAUGAGGAGGCAGUGCGAGCGCAGCUGCAAGACACUGGAAACCGUCACCGAUUCUUACCGCACACAUGGCUUUGAACUUUCCAGGAUCGUCUCACAGUAUCAGCACACACAGCAAGACGUGAGAGAUCUCAGACUUACAAUAUCUGGAUUGAAGGAUGAAGUGAGAGGCCUAAUUUCGAGAGACAGACUCGACACACCUGCAGAAAGGCCGCGGAAGUCAAAUCCUUUGGAGGCAGCGGUUGCUGUGGAGAUGAGUCCUCGGAGACGGUUUUUGUCAGACUCAGAUGAUGAAUUGAGCCCCACCCCCAGUCUCGGAGACAUAAGCUCAGAUGACCUGGACACAUCGUGGCUUGGGGAAUCAGCCCCAGAAGUAAGAAGUCAAGGACGGGGUGCACGCUUGAGCCUGUCAGGAAGUGAUCUCAGCGACACUGCGAGUGGACUUGGGAGCAACCAUGAAGACAUAGAUGGAAAAGUGGGAGGAGCUUCAGAUGGUUCUCCAGAGCUCAGUCUCUGUGACCUUUGACUCUAGAAACAGGAAGUAAACAGUGAUUGCUGGUGCCAGUAUGACCAACCAUGUGGUCAGGGGAAUCAUUUGACAUGUGAAAUAAAACUAACCACAGGAAAUUGACAUGACCUAAUUGACUAAAAUACCUUGUUCUUAAGAAAUGCACAGAUUCACAAUUGAAUAUUGCAUACGAGUGUGUAGCUAUGUGAUGAAAGCCAACAAUAUUUUGUGAUUAAUGGAGUCUCUUAUAAUUUUCUGGUUUGUAUAAGUGGAAAAGGCCCCGUUUAUGGCUGAGUUUCUAGCUUCUAGAUUAUGUAUUUUGCCUACUGCAAACAGUAAAAGCCACUAGAUGUGUUAUAAGAGUGGUAUGAGUGGUGAAACAUCACUUUUGUGUAUGUUACUCCAGCUACAGUGUUCAUUCAGUACAUUCUUUUUUUAUUAAUGUUGUUGUUUUACAGAGUUCAACAGGUGAAAAUAAUCUGAGAACUAGCCAAUUGCACACUGUAAUACUCAGUCUGUACAGAACAUAGUGGUACUUCUUCUCCAUUCGUUUUGAGAGUUCGGUUUCAUUUUCAGUGUUAAUCAUGCUGAAGUUAAAGCCACUUACAUGUCAGUUUUGCUUCAAGAAUAGACUCUGGCAUUUCAAGUGCUAUUUCAGUGCAGCUUUGUUUAUGUGAAUUAAGCCAUGGAUCUAUUUUAAACUCUUUCUCAGACUGAGAUAUUUAUUCAUGUGAGGUUAGAAGUUGUGCACAGUGUGCUGAUGAGCCUAGCCAGAAGUCUUCUUUAUCUCACCCUUCUAGCGGAAACUUUUCAAGAUGGGCCAACCUCCGCCUGAGAAACACAUUCAUUUCAGUCAUUUUCCUCUUUCCGUUAUCUGUCCUUUUAUGUUCCUCUUUUAGACACUGAACUAUAGCAGAAAGACAGAGAUUUUUUUUUAAGCCUUAAUAGACACAUGCUUAUUAAGUAAAUUAUUUUAUGAAUUUAAUUAAAUUAAAUGAGGAAAGAGAGAAGGUGUUUUCACCUUGUAGUAAUUUGGACAUUUUUGUUUGUUUGACAACAUUGUUAUAGGUCAGAUAAAUCCAUCACCCAUGCAACUGUCACCAAACAAAUGUCUGUCAAACUUACACAGGUAAAACUGAUGACAAUAAAGCAUUUAAUAUGUUGUAAAGAAAUUUAAUAGUAAUAAAAAAAAAAACAUUUGGAACAUCAAACACGAAAACAGGAUUUUUUUUUUUUAUACAAAA